UUGAGGUGAAUGGGGACAAGAUGGAGAAUCUGGGGCGUUGUCUCCUUCUCCUUCUCCUUCUUCUUCCCUCACUCCAUUGCUGCAUUGACGUGGCACAAAGUAGUUAGUGAGGAUUGGGUCAAAGUAAAGAUGACCUUUUUAGUAAUAGUGAUAGACAUUGGUAAGAAAUAGUAAAUAAGAAAUACGUAGUAAUUAGUAUAAAAGAUAAGGACAGCCCAGCUCGGGGGGAGACGUGAGGAAUCCAUGCAGCUGCGAACAUCUUGUCGGACUCCAAGAAAAUUGUAAGAUAAGAAACAAUAAACGAAGUAUGCAACCUUGAAAAAUCUAAACCUGAGAACUCCGUCUCUUCCUUCGGCUCGGCUCGGAGCUGUGCAGGGGAACAAAGGACCCUGAAACCACCUCAAUGUUGGGGUAAGCCCCCGACAAGACUUCUACUCUUUCGGUUCUCUAUUGUAUUUAAGAAAACAUGCUAUGUGCCCAGAUGGAAAAAACAAACUAUAAUGUGAAAAUAUAUUUGAAAAUAUAUUGUAAAGUUUUUCAAAUAUAUUUGCCUGAUGGCAAAUUUUUGCGAUGCAAGAAGUGUUUUGUUAGGUUUUUAUAAGAAGUUUAUGUUAUGGUUCAUUUCACUGUAUCCCCAAAUCUGUAACCCUUUUGUGUUUUCUGUAUAAUAAGGUGAUUUGUGUCAAUCAUCCCACCCCCACCUAUCUUUGUCCAUCCCCUCUGCCCCCCUCGCUCGGGGGCAGCCUGUCUAUCACUCCAGGAGCCCUCCCAGGUUGUGAAAUCUCAGGGAGAGGGCCUCAGGUGAUAGGUCCCCUGGGGGGAAUUCCUUUGGCUCUGGAUUUUAGUGGUCCAAGGCUUGGGGGUGGGCACACCUUGUUACCCCCUGAAUCCCCUGAUUUGUUGUCUUGUUGUAACACGCCCCCCCCCCCCCCCCCCCCGAACCCCUCCCCCUCUUAUAAGGUGGAGGAGGGAGAUUCAAAUCCUCUCUGCUCUGCUCUCCUCUCUGCUCUUGGUCUCUGGCCUCUCUGGCCUGAGGUUUGGACUGGCUGCAGACUUCCCGCAGCUCGGCCUGAAUAAACAUCUUUUAACAAGCUGAGAGCCGUCCUUUUCCUACUGCCGCUGCUGUCACGACACUAUUUGGUCCAGCUGCUGCUGAGAAGCCGACCACCAGUUUAUUAGCUAGAACAAAGCAAGAAACAGAAGGAGUAUGUGAUGGAUAACAGGCUUUUAGGAUGGAAGCUGAAUGGAUGGAAGAUGAUGAGCAAAGGUGAAGAGCAAGCGGUGGUAGAAGUAGGACCUGGCAAUCCUAUGGGCUCCCUAUUCUUUCGAAGACCCCUACUGAAAGGAUCCAGAAAACAUGAAUGGGUCAGCUAUGUGGACGAUGCAUGCAGCUCCUGCGGGACUUCAUAGGCUUUGUGCAGAGGAUGUCCUCUGACUUGGUGCAAGGCAUCAAGGAAUGCUUAACUCUGAUAAGCAAGUGCUCCUGCUUAAAGCAAAAUAGCUCUAAAAACAGACAGCUGUACCAGCCCAUCCUACAGCCUCAUGAGAGAGUGACAGCACAGGAGUUUCUGCAGCAUAUUGAAACAGAAUUUGAAAUGUCUCCACUUGGGAAGGACCAUCUGGAAGCCUUGAGGACCUUAUCCUUUUCAGAAAAUCCAGGUUUACAGCAGUCGGCUGCCCUCUAUUACUUGCAUAUGAGUCAGCACAUGAACAUCCCCCUGCCCAUGGAGCAUCUGGAACCCUUCUAUGCCUUACUACGUUCUGCUGACCUGGAGGUGCAACAGAUGUCUUCCUUGUCGCUUGUCAACUUCUUGCUGGAAGGAAAUAUUGACAAAGAAUUAGUUGUCCAAAUGGGUUUACUUGAGCCAAUUCUGGAUCUGCUUGAGUCAGAGGAUCCCACUGUUCAGUGUAAUUCCUGUGCCUGCAUCAUGACUUUGGCUGUUUCAGAGUCCAACCGAGAGGCUAUUGGUGCCGCUAGAGGAGUAACACCCCUGCUGUCUCUUGCCGAGUCCUACGAUCCCAGAGUGCAACAAAAUGCAGUUGGUGCUAUUCUGAACCUCACACAAUCAGAGAAAAUCCAACAAGUUCUAUGCAAGGAAGGAGCCCUACCAGUUCUUGCCUUGCUGCUGGAAUCUCCUGACUCAGAAGUCCAGUAUUACAGCUGUGCUGCCCUGAGCAACGUGGCAGCCAAUGUUCAGCACCACAAAGCCUUGCUGAGACCCAGUGGCAGAUUCCUGCUGCGGACACUGAUUUCUCUCCUGUCCUCUUCUAUGGACAAGGUUUCAAGCCAGGCAUGUGUUUGCCUAAGAAAUUUGGCUACCAGUGCGGACAUCCAGGCCGAGAUGGUUGCUGAGAACGUCCUGCCCAAGCUGUGCUCUCUCCUGGCCUCUGGCAGCGAGGAUGUGCGUCAUGCCUCCAUUGCUCUGCUCUGGAUACUCUCCCAGCACCCACCCAACCAGGACACUCUGGCAUGUGCUGAGCUAUUGCAGAGCCUGGGGAUGUUACUGGCAGCACAUAAAACAGACCCUGUGAUUGUUGGACAUACUGCUUGCAUCAUCAGAAACCUGAGCCUUUCCAAAAACAGACAGAGAAUCACUGAGAGCCGCUGUGUCGAAGGUCUCCUCCAGACCAUGCUUUUGACCGACACUCAGGAAGACUCCCUUCGUUAUGUGACAUCCUGCCUUGCUGAGCUAGCAAAGCAAGAAGGAGCCAUGUUACACAUGGUCCAGUGGAUGGAUGAACCUUUGACAAAGUGCUUGGUGAGACUGGCUGGCCAACUGGAACAUCCUGAGCCAUCCUUUCAUGCUGCCUCCAUCGUCCAGCACAUGAUUGGUCACGAAAAAAUGAUGCUUUUGUGGAAGCAUCACAUUGGAGAGAUUCAAACCUACCUCAAGAAUUUUCUUACCCACCAAGAGGUCCGUUUUCAGCAGCUGGGCAUCUCCACAUUCUGCAGACUACGAGCAGAUCCAGACUUUUCUUCAGCAUUCAGAAAAAGCCAAAUGGCCAGACUCCUUGAGCAAGUCCGUCAACAAACAGAUGAAACUCAAGAGCUCCUUAGGGCAGCUAUGUGCUAUGAAGACAGUUAAUAUUUAAGCCAAAUGAUUUGUGAAAACUUACCAGAUCCAAGGGCCAGAACUUUCAGAGGAAACAACUCUUCAUUGGUUCCUGUAAUUUUUCUGCUACUUGCAGUUUGGUCAUACAAGAGAGAUGUCCUGAUAACAAGAACUGGAGCAGGUCAAAACACAAUUCCUUGGACCCUUUGGCUGGCUGCUUGAGUGUGCUUGAGGACAUGGCAACAUGCUGAAAAACACCUGCUAUGCUAUGCUAACCUUCCAUGAUUUGUUUUUGGUUUCCUCACCUCCCCCUCAGAAAAACCAGCACUGUAUUUAUGAGGUUUUAUUCAGUUUUAUUCAAGCAACAGGCUGAUUCCACUGAUGCGGCAUCUCUCAAGUAUGCAGGUGACUCUGCAUUCAUCUUUAUUCUGUUUCUGUUCCAUGUCCUGUAUUUCAGAGCACACUCCAAGCACUUUAGAACGUGAUUGAAUCAACCCAUGCUAUAAAGACAGAAAACUAAAAACAGGUUACUACAGAAAGUAACUGCUGAGAGACAAUUCAGAAAGUGCAAGAAAUUUUUAAGAAACAAGAAUGGGUGAAACCUUACAGCUGAUCCUUGUCCAGGCUAUAGGCACUGCUCUCCAGCAGAAGAGCAAAGGCAUGUUAAGGCAAGGAAACGUUGCACAGAGCAAGUAUACAGAACACAGCAGGAAUCACAAAUUAUUUGGGUGAGAUAUGUUUAAGUACAGAACUGUGUUCUGCAAAUGUUAAAUUAUUUCCAAAGCUACUUUCAACAAGGGAACAGAGAAAAUACUUGGCAAAAUUAGGAAUUGUUGUUAUAUUUUGAAAUUGAUACUUCAUUUUAAAUGGAGUUAAUGAACAAUAAAAAGGUAGUCAUGUGUUUAAAUU